CCACAAUCCUGUGCGCUGUGUAGAACAACAAUCUCCUCGGCUUUAUGCUCAGCUAAAAACACAGAGACGGAGUCACUUUGGGAAUUCACUCAGCGGGUCUGCACAUUUAAAGACUGUCACCUUUUCGACAUUGCGAACCCAAGCACUAUAAAUAACAAUCAAAACCAAUGGACCAGGACUACGAGCGACGGCUGCUACGGCAAAUCAAUAUCCAGAAUGCCAACGCCAGCCCCAUCAAAGCCACAGAGGUCAUGUGUGCACUGACCCCCGCUAACUCUCCUCUAUCCUCCCCAAGUAAACACGGAGAUCGCUUCAUCCCGUCCCGCGCCGGCGCCAACUGGAGCGUCAACUUCCACCGCAUAAACGAGAACGAGAAGUCGCACAAUCAAAACAGAAAGACAAAAGACGGCACGUCAGACAACGGUAAAGCAGAUGGCCUGGCGUACUGCGCGCUGCUGAAGAAUGAGCUGCUGGGAGCAGGCAUCGAGAAGGUGCAGGACCCUCAGACGGAGGACAGGCGGCUGCAGCCCUCAACACCUGAGAAGACAAGUCUGUUUAGUUAUUCUCUAAGUGCCAAGCGUUCGCUCCCUGAUGACGGCAACAGUGUCUCUCCUUACUCAUUAUCUCCUGUCAGCAGCAACAGUCAGAAGCUGUUACGAUCUCCACGGAAGCCCAUGCGCAAGAUUUCCAAAAUUCCUUUUAAGGUCCUGGACGCCCCCGAGCUGCAGGACGACUUUUACCUCAACCUGGUGGACUGGUCAUCUUUAAACGUGCUCAGCGUUGGCCUCGGGACCUGCGUGUACCUGUGGAGUGCCUGCACCAGCCAGGUGACGCGGCUGUGUGAUCUGUCAGUAGAAGGUGACUCGGUCACGUCAGUAGGAUGGUCAGAGAGAGGAAACUUGGUGGCAGUGGGCACUCAUAAAGGCUUUGUACAGAUUUGGGACGCAGCCGCAGGGAAGAAGCUGUCUGUAUUAGAGGGCCACACAGCCAGAGUUGGAGCCUUAGCAUGGAAUGUGGACCAGCUGUCUUCAGGCAGCAGGGACCGCCUGAUCUUGCAACGUGAUAUUCGAGCUCCUCCGCUGCAGUCUGAGCGCAGGUUACAGGGCCACCGACAGGAAGUGUGCGGCCUCAAGUGGAGCACUGAUCACCAGCUCCUUGCCUCCGGUGGCAAUGACAAUAAGCUGCUGGUGUGGAAUCACUCGAGUGUCUUACCCAUGCAGCAAUACACAGAACAUUCAGCAGCAGUGAAGGCCAUCUCCUGGUCUCCUCAUCAGCACGGCCUGCUAGCAUCUGGGGGCGGCACUGCCGACCGCUGCAUCCGCUUCUGGAACACGUUGACCGGGCAGCCACUGCAGUGCACAGACACAGGCUCGCAGGUCUGCAACCUGGCCUGGUCCAAACACACCAAUGAACUGGUCAGCACACAUGGUUACUCUCAGAACCAGAUCCUGGUGUGGAAGUACCCCUCUCUGACACAGGUGGCCAAACUCACUGGCCACUCCUACAGAGUACUCUACCUGGCCAUGUCUCCAGAUGGAGAGGCCAUAGUCACAGGAGCAGGAGACGAGACUCUGCGCUUCUGGAAUGUCUUCAGCAAAACCAGAUCUACCAAGGAAUCGAUAUCAGUGUUGAACCUGUUUACGAGGAUCCGAUAAUAUUUGUGCACAUUUGGAGGUUCUAACAUUUAGGACUUGUAUACACUGAUCAUUAACACGACAGACUGUGUGAGUGAUGGACACUUUGAGGCCCGGCCUCCUUUCUGUGGCUUUGUGAAGAAGACAAGGGAAACGUGGCAACUGCGUCCUCUUACGUUUUACUUGAGUGACAAAAGGAUGUAUUACUGCCAAAUGUCAGUGUGAAUGUUUAGCCGCUGGUUUUUGUAAGUUUUUUUUUUUUUUUUUUCAACAUUAUGGUUUUGUUUUUCAUGACUGGCUACAGAAUCUUUUUUUUUUCCCACAAUGUGCCAUUUGAGUUACAAGCUUUGUGUCCAUCAGCCUUAAAUGCAGUGUUGAAAUAACUACAGUAGGAUAGUAGUAGGCCUUGGAAUAUUGCAGCCUUGGUUGUUAAUAUAUUUGUCUUUGAACCCUUAUGUACUCUUGAUUGUGUUACUAAAGGAUCAGGCCAUAUCAGAGAAACUGCAUUUAAUUUUUUCUAGGUGUUUAAUCAAUGUCACAUACUAAUUCUACAAAAAUAUAUGAAUCAGUGUAUACAGUAGCAGAUAUUCUGUUUUAAAUCCUGUUUUUAAGCAUUAACUAAAGCAGAGUCACUUUUAAACAAGAAUACAGUGUUGAGUCUCAUAAAUCACAUCCUUGUGAAACCACUAUUUUAAUUCAGAAAUCUAAUUUCUCAUGGUAUAAAAUUUAAAAUUUAGUCCUUGGCACUUAUUCAUAUUAUAAGAUUUAUUUUGUCAUUCCCCCCCCCCUGUUUUUACAAAUGAGGGUUUUUUUCCCACUCAUCUCAUGGUGUAAAUGAUGUGUUGUAUCAGUGAGAAUGAAUGCUAUUUAUUUAAUAUGUGUGACUGCAGUGACUUGUUGAAUAACUGAUACUUUGUGUAUGUUGAAAAAUGGGUGCUUGUUUUUAUUUGCCAUUCACAACCACGUACAAUAUGUUGUCAUUUUGUAACAGCUUAAAGAAUGUUUAAAAAUAUACAUUAAGUAAAAAAUGUACAUUUUCUCAUCAAGGAAAAUGAAUAAAACUUAAGUGUUCUAUGG